AUGGGCCUCGACAUACCCAGGCACGCUACAGAACUACAUGAGCCCGUCCCUUACACGGGCCUCGACAUAUCCAGGCACGCUAGAGAACUACAUGAGCCCGUCCUUUAUAUUGGCCUCGACAUACACAGGCACCAUACAGAACUAAAUGAGCCCGUCCAUUACACGGGCCUCGACAUACCCAGGCACGCUACAGAACUACAUGAGCCCGUCCCUUACACGGGCCUCGACAUAUCCAACACGCUACAGAACUACAUGAGCCCGUCCCUUACACGGGCCUCGACAUAUCCAGGCACUCUACAGAACUACAUGAGCCCGUCCCUUACAUUGGCCUCGACAUACACAGGCACCAUACAGAACUACAUGAGCCCGUCCAUUACACGGGCCUCGACAUACCCAGGCACGAUACAGAACUACAUAAGCCCGUCCCUUACACGGGCCUCGACAUACCCAGGCACGGUACAGAACUACAUGAGCCCGUCCCUUACAUUGGCCUCGACAUACACAGGCACCAUACAGAACUACAUGAGACCGUCCAUUACACGGGCCUCGACAUACCCAGGCACGAUACAGAACUACAUUAGCCCGUCCCUUACACGGGCCUCGACAUAUCCAGGCACGGUACAGAACUACAUGAGCCCGUCCCUUACAUGGGCCUCGACAUACACAGGCACGCUACAGAACUACAUGAGCCCGUCCAUUACACGGGCCUCGACAUAUCCAGGCACGCUACAGAACUACAUGAGCCCGUCCUUUAUAUUGGCCUCGACAUACACAGGCACCAUACAGAACUAA